AUGGCGUUCGUCAACCCCCUCGACAAGUACCGGCUCAGCUCGUCGCCACCCCAACAGCCCCGACCGCCAAGCACCACGCGCAGCGCCCGCCCUGCCGCGUAUCCCCAGUCACUGUCGCCCGCGUCGUGGGAGUAUCACAAGGCGGCCACCACGACGCCCGUGCAGCGCCAGCAGCGACAGCGGCGUCCACGGCAGACUUCGCAGUCGGUCAGUCCGUCCAGACGACGCGUCACCAGGAGCCAGAGUCGUCAGCUCGAAGCGAGUCGGGGCGAUGAUGCGGAGAGGUUGGCCGGCGCCGCGAGGCGUGGUAAGGCGAAGGCAAAACAGAACACAGAUUUGGCCGCCGUAAUCGAAGAACCCCCAUCUGCCAGCCAGUCACAUGCUCGUGACACCAUUCCAGAGUCGCCAGAAGAGCAUAACAUCUCAGGAACCACCAUUCUUCCAGCCGAGUCAGAGCCAGAUACAGGCGAUCUGGACCCCCUCAUGAUGAUUGAGGCGCUGCCGGAUCUGCAGCGUGCUGCAUCCGCUGUGCUGGAGUUUUUCGCGCCAAAUUUGACGUCACCAGGCAGCAUCAUUGACCUGGCAAAGCGCCUUCAGGAUCCGAAGAGCACUCAGAGCAGGCGGCUGGAGCGUUUGCGAUCCAACUUCUCGACCGAGACGAAAUACUUUGGCAACCAGACGUAUAUAGAAGUCGAGCAGGUCGCUCGCGCCUUGCCGUCGGUUGAAAUACCUCCCGCGCCAGGAUCAUCGCAGGCGAGGUCCUGGCAGGCAGACGGCAUCUUGUUCAAAUCAAAUUGCGCCCGCCUUGCGCUUGAAGUCCUCACUCGCCCUUCGUUUUCAGCCUCCGUGGAGAGCGCAAUUUACGACCUGGAGGGGAAAUUCCCUUCUCCGUUCCUCAAUGCGCUCGUCAGAGAAAGCGAAAUCAACACCGCCGGGAAGAGCAGUCUUCGACGGGCGACGUUCGACCUGGCACUGGAUAUCAGGACGCAAUUCUUGAAAGUUAAUCUGGAAACGCAUAAGAACGACGACAACUUCAGUCCGAAUGCCAUUCUGAACCAUUCAUUCUUCAAUGAAAUUCUUGAAACGCAGGAAGAUGUCGACCAGCCUCCCCUCCGAGGGUUCAAUCUGUCAAUGUUCCAGGAUGAGGAUGGAAAUCUGCCUUCGCGCUAUGAAGACGACGUGCUGGACCGCGUCAGCGACAUCCGCAAGUUUUUCAGAGACGAUGAGGUAGAUUUCGAAGGCUUGGAAGCGACCUUUCCGUGGGAGGGGUUUCUCUACAGCGUGGGUAAAUGGAUCCGGAUGAGAGAUGAGGAGGUCAACCGACAGUUGAGCCGGCAGCCUGCUGCAGACGACAUGCGUGAUCAGCUCGAGGAAGCGGUCAACCGUCGCAGCAGUCUUGAUCAAGAGGCGGCACGCGAAAAAGCAAAGGCAGUUGAGACUACGGCGGUUGACUCUACAGCAGCCGACUCUACAAGCGUGCGACCUACAGUGGAAGCUCCAGCUAUGGAGCCAGUAAACCAGCCGCGACGGGAGUUGCUGCCAGCAGCCGAGAUCAGAGAGAGGAGGGCUUCUUCAAGAAGUUCCUUUCUGAACGCCGCUGCAAUCCGACAUCUUUUCGAACGCGAGGAACGGUCAAAGUCUGCGCAGAGAACACCAGAGCCGCGCACACGGCGGUCCGACUUUGCUGGGUUCAUUUCGCGACAUGCAGCAGGGGAGCCAAGUGCCAGCGCGGCUGGCUGGACGAGGCCUGCCUCGGAAGCGCCGCGAGUCGAGGCUCGAGAGAGAGAAAUACCGGCGUCGCCGGAAGCGGACGUCUUCGCUGACCCGGACAAGACGAUUGUGGCCGAUUCGCAGUGGGAAGAUGCCGACGGCAAUGCUCGUGCGGAUCGGGGGGAAGCGCGCAGACCUGAUUUGACUGUCCCGGAAAGGCGUGAGGUGGAAGCGCCCCUGCCAGGACCAUCUUCGGCGGAGGUCUUGGCCGUGAUUCAGCGGCACAAGGAGGCUACCAAAGCGAAACCGCGACAUUUGUUUAUUGACCGGCAAGAAAAUGCCACGAGAGUGUCUCCGAUCUCGGAGAAUUCGCUGGUGCCUGAGACGGUGAAUCGGAAGCGAAAGCGCGUGGAGGUGCCGGAAGAAGAAUCUGACGAGGAAGCGUUUACUCAAGACGAGCGUCGUGUCGACAUUGUACUGAAGCGGGCUCAGAAACCGCAGCAGAAGAAGCCAAGAUUGGAGGACACACAAACGGACGACGAGGAGCCGGGGGAGCAGCUUCGGAGUGAACUGGCUUCGUCGGCAGCUCCGACUCCUCACCGGGAACAUGCCUAUAUGGCUGGCGGUGCUGCGCGGGUGUCAUCUCCCACUCCGGCAGCAGCAGCACCGGCAGCGGCAGCACCGGCGCCUGUCCUGCAGGCACCACGACCAUCGGCAGUGUCGAACGUGGCGAUGCCGCAAUCCCGACGACGGUGGUCGCUGGAAGAGAACGAGCGACUGAUCUACUUGGUGGGGAAAUAUGGGACGUCGUGGGCGGAAAUCAAACGGCGGGACGAGCUGUGGCCUGAGAACAGGGGAGGGCCACGCCUGACGGAUCGCGAUCAGACGCAGCUGAAGGACCGGGCACGGAAUAUUGUGAUCGAAUAUUACAGCUGUGCUGCUGCUGCUGCUGCUGUUGCUGCUGCUUGA